AUGUUGAAUGACAGGGAGAUGCCUUACUACGGUUAUCGUGAAGGUUCGGACUCCAGUGGGGGUUGUUCGGAAUCUGAGGGGGACUCGGAUUCCGAUGGGGGUUUGAGCACGGAGAGUACUGUAGGCCAAGGCCUACCAUUCCCCGGCUUCACUCCUGUGGCCCUCAGGUAUUUAACACAGGACACGAGGCCCAGAAGUUGGUGUUUGAAGCUCAUCACCAAUCCAUGGUUUGAAAGAAUAUCGAUGUUGAUAAUAUUACUGAACUGCGUGACGUUGGGCAUGUACCAGCCCUGUGUGGACGACCAGUGCGUUACCAACAGGUGCAAGAUAUUACAGGUUUUUGAUGACAUCAUAUUCGCAUUCUUUACACUUGAAUUGACGAUUAAAAUGGUGGCUAUGGGAAUCUACGGUCAUGGAACAUACCUGGCAGAUUCUUGGAACCGAUUGGAUUUCUUUAUAGUAAUGGCUGGGGCUCUAGAAUAUGCUUUGAACGUUGAAAAUAUAAAUUUAUCUGCUAUUAGAACCAUCCGAGUUCUAAGGCCCCUGAGAGCUAUUAACAGGAUACCGAGUAUGCGCAUUCUAGUGAUGUUACUUCUCGACACGUUACCGAUGUUAGGAAAUGUUCUUCUUCUGUGCUUCUUUGUUUUCUUCAUAUUCGGUAUAGUUGGAGUACAGCUCUGGGAAGGAAUUCUGAGGCAGCGCUGCGAACUUGUCCUGCCACCUAACGUACUACGACCCAAAGACCUGUCAGAAUGGUACAGAGUGCGCGUCAGAGUGAACUCCAUAUCGUUUCACUACGAGUUCUCGAAAGAGUUGGACUACAUCUGUACGACGCCGGAAGAUAGCGGUAUGCAUUUAUGUGGAAACUUCCCUCCUUACCGAUAUGGACCGUUAGUCUGCAACGACACAGCGAAACCAUUCUCAUACAACUACCCGACAAACAACUCAUGUGUUGACUGGAAUCAAUACUAUACCAAUUGCACCCAGCGUGGUCCCAAUCCAUUCCAAGGAACAAUAUCUUUCGAUAACAUAGGACUUGCAUGGGUAGCUAUAUUUUUGGUUAUAUCUUUGGAAGGAUGGACGGAUAUUAUGUAUUAUGUGCAAGACGCACAUAGUUUCUGGGAUUGGAUAUAUUUCGUUCUUUUAAUUGUUAUCGGUUCAUUUUUCAUGAUCAAUUUGUGCCUGGUCGUAAUAGCGACUCAAUUCAGUGAAACAAAGAAACGAGAAAUGGAGAGAAUGCGAGCUGAACGGGCUCGUUUUACGUCGUCUUCGACUUUAGCCUCGUCUACAAACAAUAGCGAACCAGCCACUUGUUAUGCUGAAAUAGUCAAGUAUGUCGCGCAUUUGUGGAGACGAUUCAAACGACGAAUGGCUAAAAAGAUCAGAGUAUAUAAAUAUCAACGGGCUCAACUUAAAUGGAGGACCAGCCAAGAAACUCUUCAAUUGCCUGCUAAUCGUCCAAAACAACACCAUCCAUGUUGCCCCCGUGUCCACGUUCAGGGUAAUGGAAAAGGAAUCUCUGAAGAGGUUGGUGAUGAACCUCUAAGCAGGCCGAGUUUAUUACGAGUUCCUUCGCUAUCGGCUGCCGAUCUUGAGAACGCAUCAAACCUGUCGUUGCUGUCGCCUCCAUCACUAGCUCGAAGACGUUCCUCCGUAAUGUUCAGUGAUACAGUGCUGCUUCAUGUACCGAAUGCUCAACAUCUAGCUCAUCCCCACAACGUAUGCUCUUCGGAAAAGAUGACCCAAACAGAUUCAUUGUGUCAACGUGACUGGCUUAAGUGCCAAAGUGAAUUUGACUUGCCACCCGGAGAAACUGCAGAAGAUCGGGCCGCAGCUGGAGGGACAAUGUCUUGUCAAGAAUUGUUAGCAUUAUCAGGUGCACUAUCAGCUGCUCUACCAACAGGCCAAGUAGCAUUGGAUACAUUUUUUGAAGAACUGACGAAAGGAAUGAGCAAAAGAGCCGGUGAAGAUAAAAUGGAAACUAAGAUCGUUGAAAUAGAAGAUUUUUCAUGCUGCGCAGAACUAAUAGCCGCCGAGGCCGCUGCCACAGAAAAGAAAAAAGGCCGAAUUGCAAACGCUUGCAUCAAAUUGUGGCGAAGAAUAUUGAAAUUCUUUUCAUUGUUACGGAAACAUAUUAAAACCAUUGUUAACCAUAAAUAUUUCCAACAAGGUAUUUUGCUGGCUAUAUUAAUUAACACGCUGUCGAUGGGAAUAGAGUACCACAAUCAACCUCAAGAAUUGACAGUGAUUGUGGAGAUCAGCAACGUUGUAUUUUCUGGAAUCUUUGCUGUUGAAAUGCUUCUCAAAAUUAUUGCAGAAGGGCCCUUUAAGUAUAUAUCCAAUGGUUUUAACGUUUUCGACGGCGUUAUUGUAAUUUUAAGUGCAUUCGAGUUAGCUCAGAGUAUGGGGAACGAACAUGAUUUGGCUGGAAGUUCAGGCUUAUCUGUUUUACGUACAUUUCGACUUCUACGCAUACUUAAGCUGGUACGAUUUAUGCCCAACUUAAGAAGACAACUGUUCGUUAUGCUGAGGACCAUGGAUAAUGUUGCCGUGUUUUUUUCGCUGCUGGUUCUUUUUAUUUUUAUAUUCAGUAUUCUGGGCAUGUAUCUGUUCGGUGGUAAGUUUUGCAAGUUCGUCGAAGAUAACGGGAGUGAGCGCGACUGUACCUGCCCUGAGAUAAUUUCGCACCAUCCAAAAUGUGAAUGUGACAGAAAACAUUUUAAUAAUAUUCUUUGGGCUACCGUCACGGUGUUCCAGGUUUUAACUCAGGAGGAUUGGAAUGUUGUUUUAUUUAACGGUAUGGAAAAAACGAGUCAUUGGGCUGCAUUGUAUUUUGUGGCCUUAAUGACGUUUGGAAACUAUGUUUUGUUUAACUUACUAGUAGCCAUUUUAGUAGAAGGAUUUAGUUCAGAGAGAAAUGAAAGAAGAGAACGAGAACAACGUGAAUUGGCUAAAUCUAAAUUAUCAAGUGAAUGUUUUUCUGACAAUAAUGAAUUACAGUACGACGAAUCUAAUUCAGGAUCGCAUUCUAGUGACAGUUUUUCACAGAAUGAAAUAAAAAACUACUGGAAAUCAGCAGAUGAUGUUCGCAAAGUUAAAGAUGAUAACGGACACAAAGAUAAAUCCGUAAAAGUUCGCCGCAAAGCGAAAUCUUCCGCACAUCAUCCGUCAUUAUGCAAAGACUGUGCACAAUCAAACAAGUGUAAUAUUCAAAAAGAAUCAAAAAUGUUGGCAUCAAAUAUAGGCACAAUUGAAAAUGGUAAUGGAACUAUUGUCCCAAAAAUAACUCAUACAGCGGCUACACCUCAAGAUUCACCAUCCACAACCCUGGAGCCUGGUGCAACGUUCAGAGAUUUUAACGUAGCCUUAACAUUAGAAAGAUCGACCAUGCUAUCUAGUUUAGACUCCAUAGAUAGAACAUCGUGCACGAGUAUACCAGGAUUACUGAAACCUCCGAACAGUUAUACACUUACACUUCAUUCAGCAGCGGCUCAGUUAGGCGCUGAGAAAGCUAGGCUCCCACCACCAAUGACUCUUGCUCCACCACCCUUAACUCUUGCACCUCCUCCAUCCAGAUCUUCCUCACCUGGAUCUGUAACGCCAACUACUCCUAGAUCAUUACCAUCCCCUAUGAUACCAGAAAAAAAUUUUCAAGUUACUAUAGCCAAGGACGAAAAUUGUCUCAAUGUUAGUGAUAAAUCUAGUUUAUUGAGUUCACAAAAAAGUCUCACCAUAACGACACCAAAUAUAGUCGGCGAUGAUAAAUGUAGAGUGCAAAGAGGAUACAGUUGGCGUCUGUCUCGACCAAGCUUGAGGCGCAAAAAGCAACGAACAGGCUCUGACUCUGACGCUGUAGUCCUUAAUAAUGGACGUGAUCAUAUUGCAUGUAACGGAUCUAAUCUUAGAAAAAAUGAGCUGUUGCUGUCUUCAACUAUAGUUAUUAAAAAUGAUACCCAAUCAGAGAUCAACAACAGACCAAAAACACAGUUACCUGCUCCUAGAGUGCUACCUACGCAAGCAAGACGUGUUUCUGCACAUACAACUCCAAUUUUACCAGAUGUAUCUUGGAAAGCACCUGAAGUAGGAGCAGGAUUUUCAACUGAUUCGACAGUAAGAUUAGAUGCUGUAAAAUCUCCACAUCAUAGACUUUCUUUGACAAAUGACUACCUUACGGUGACAUCAGGUUCAGAAAUCAAGGCAAGCAAUUUGGCACCAGCAGUUGCUCCAAAUGCACAAAUACAGUCAAGGAAUGAACCUGUACGAACGAGCACUCAAGCCUUACCUCUCAUUAAACAAAUUAACGAGGAGGUGGCGAUUAACAAUAGUGUCUGCAUAUUUUCGUCUCGAUUUGACAGGCGACGAUUUCAUUUUAAAGAUCUUUUUCGAUUUAUGGAACCAACGGGAUGUCUCAAGGAAAAAGAGGAUUAUUCUUUAUACAUAUUUGCCCCCGAUAACAAAAUUAGAACACUUUGCACGUGGAUGGUAACAAGAAGUGCGUUUGAUAAUAUAGUUUUACUAUUCAUAGCGCUGAAUUGUAUCACUUUAGCUAUGGAGCGUCCAAACAUUCCCCCUGACUCUAAAGAAAGGGCUUUCUUGUCUAGCGCUAAUUACGUCUUUACAGUCGUCUUCGCUGUUGAAAUGUUUAUUAAGGUUGUCGCAUCUGGAAUGUUUUAUGGGUCUGAGGCCUAUUUUACUUCUGGUUGGAAUAUCAUGGAUGGUUCUCUGGUCAUUAUUUCUAUAAUUGAUCUUUUAAUGUCAUUGGUGUCCGAGUCUAGUCCACGAAUUUUUGGAAUUCUUAGGGUAUUUAGAUUGUUGAGAUCUUUAAGACCCUUGAGAGUAAUUAAUAGGGCCCCAGGAUUAAAGCUCGUCGUUCAAACAUUGUUAUCAUCACUUAGACCGAUUGGAAAUAUAGUUUUAAUAUGUUGCACGUUUUUCAUUAUAUUUGGCAUUUUAGGAGUUCAGCUCUUUAAAGGUGCAUUUUUCUACUGUGAAGGAGCAAGUAUCAAAAAUGUUAAAAAUAAAUCUGAUUGUCUAGCUAUUGAGGGUAAUGUUUGGGUAAACAGGAAAUACAACUUUGAUGAUCUGGGUAAAGCUUUGAUGUCAUUGUUCGUGCUUAGCUCAAGAGAUGGUUGGGUAAAUAUCAUGUACACAGGUCUUGACGCUGUAGGUGUUGAUCAACAGCCCAUUGUUAACUACUCAGAAUGGAGACUUUUAUACUUCAUUGCAUUUAUACUAUUAGUUGGAUUCUUCGUACUAAAUAUGUUCGUGGGAGUCGUGGUAGAAAACUUUCACCGAUGUAGAGAGGAACAAGAAAAAGAAGAACGAGUCAGGCGGGCUGCUAAGAGGGCGCUGCAAAUGGAAAAAAAGAGACGAAAAAUGCAUCAACGUCCAUACUAUGCAGACUACUCACAAUACCGUCUUUUCGUACAUAAUGUAGUCACAUCAAAAUAUUUUGAUCUGGCAAUAGCCGGUGUCAUCGGUUUAAAUGUUGUGACUAUGGCUAUUGAAUACUAUAGAAUGCCACCAGCGCUACAAUAUGCACUUAAAAUAUUUAACUAUUUUUUCACUGCUGUAUUUAUACUUGAAGCGGUUAUGAAACUUGUGGCAUUGGGUUUCAAAAUUUAUCUAAAAGACAAAUGGAAUCAAUUAGAUGUUAUAAUUGUAAUACUAUCCAUAGUAGGAAUAGUUCUAGAAGAAUUAGAGACUAACAUUAUUCCAAUAAAUCCGACAAUAAUGAGAGUAAUGAGAGUGUUAAGAAUUGCAAGAGUAUUAAAAUUACUAAAAAUGGCAAAAGGUAUACGGGCAUUAUUAGAUACGGUAAUGCAAGCUUUACCUCAAGUUGGAAACUUAGGACUUCUAUUUUUUCUUCUGUUCUUUAUAUUUGCGGCAUUAGGUGUUGAGUUAUUCGGUAGACUUGAAUGUAGUGAUGAAAUUCCUUGUCAAGGUCUCGGUGAACAUGCUCAUUUUGCAAACUUUGGCAUGGCAUUCCUUACACUAUUUCGUGUUGCGACUGGAGAUAAUUGGAAUGGCAUAAUGAAGGAUACUUUACGAGAAGAUUGUGAUAGUUCCGUAGAUUGUGUACGGAACUGUUGUGUUUCAACUAUUAUUGCACCGAUAUUUUUCGUUGUAUUCGUACUUAUGGCACAAUUUGUACUCGUCAAUGUAGUAGUUGCUGUCCUCAUGAAACACCUUGAGGAAUCUCAUAAACAAAUGGAGGACGAAAUUGAUAUGGACGUCGAACUAGAACGUGAAUUAGAAAGAGAAGCGGAUGAUGAGGAAGAUAGAGCUCUUUGUCGAGCUUUGGAAGAAUGUGUUUCUCCGCCACGACCUUUAAACAAGGUACCAUCACUACCAGCAAAUUUCACUUACAGCGAACCCAAACAACAACCGAUACCUUCACCUGCACGCAGACGUCGCACUUUACAUUCCCAUCAUGCUUUGUUGCCGGCCGCUUUGCCUCAAAGACGAGCCUCUCUGUCACCUCAUGCAUUUGGACGACGUCGACAGGAUUCAACUCCAGAAACACCAUACCCACCAGCGCUCUACGAAGAAGAGGCACGAUUUAUAGAUGCCGACGACAUUGAUGAAUUAGAACCUGGUAGCCCACCACGACAUGAUUCCUUUUCCCAAAAUCGAAGACAAAGAGUUGAUAAAAGAAAUUCUCUACGAGGUGAAGAGGCUAGACUACUUCGACCUGCGCCUAUUUUGUUAGCGGUUCCUACAACAAGGCAAAGUCUUAGACGAAAUAGUUCAAAAAGAAGAUCUUCUGCAGAAUCUGGAGCUACAAGCAGAUUAAGUCAAAUGUCAGUACAAACACCAUCUUCUCCGGAAGAUAAUAAUAAACAAAUUACCGAAGAAGAAAAAAUUAGAAUCGUUAUAGCUGAACGAAGAAAAAUAGAUAAUAUAAAACCAGAACCGGAAGAUGUGGAACUAUCAGAAAGAGCUUCCUAG